AUGAACACGACAACCACAAGCGACACCCCACUAUCAAUACCAGAUGCUCCCGAUGCUUCGCCUCCUUCCUCCCAAGAGCUUGAUGAGAUCUGGGCCAACAACUAUCUUUUCCCAAAGUCCAUUUCAGGCUGUGUUCACGACUUGAUCACCAAUGUAUCGCAAAGACAGCCGGAUGCCCGGGCCGUCUGUGCGUGGGAUGGGGAUUUUACCUAUGCUGAAAUCUCAGCCCUGAGCGACCACGUUGCAUAUCGUCUCUGUGGAAUGAACAUCACGCCCAAGUCAUCAUUGGCCAUUCUUUUCCCAAAAUCGCGAUGGACGUGCGUGGCUAUGUUGGGUAUCAUGAAAGCCGGACACGCAGCCGUUGCGCUUGAUUUAGCCCAUCCUAAUGCAAGAUUGCGAUCUAUUAUUCGGCACGCACAGCCAAAGGUAAUUUUAUGUUGCCCGAGCACCCGCGAUAGAGCCUCGAUAUUGUGCGAUAUUCCCGCUUUUCAACUUGACGACGGCUUGCUGGGGAUCAUCAGUACCAUAAAAGACCGGAUCCUCGAUUUGCCCGAGGUGUCACCAAAAGAUUUAGUCUACAUAUCGUUCACCUCCGGAACUACCGGCCAGCCCAAAGGGGCGUGCAUCAGCCAUUCUAAUGUGCGAAGUGCUGUGUAUCACCAAGGAGGGGCUUUGGGCUUUCACCCAGGUUCUCGUGUCUUUGACUUUGCGCCCUAUUCCUUCGAUGUGGCAUGGAGCAAUGUGCUUCAUACUUUGUGCGCUGGCGGCUGUCUUUGCAUCGCGAACGAGGAAGACAUGGUGAAUGACUUGUCAGCUGCUAUCACAAAUUUUGCGGCCACUCUUAUCAAUGUCACACCAACUGUCUUACGGACAAUCAGCCUUGUCCCGCCGACACUUCAAACUGUACUGCUAAGCGGUGAGAUGCCGUAUCGGGAAAAUGUGACCGAAUGGGCCGGCCGAGUUCGUUUGCUAAAUACAUAUGGCCCCACGGAGUGCACCUGGAAGUGCACAUUCUCACGGAUCAGUGGAUGCGAAGAAGGUCGACCAGACAUUGGGAGAGGAGUGGGAUUCUGUCUCUGGAUCGUGAAUCCCAAUGACAGCAGCCAACUUGUUUCUCCGGGUUUGCCAGGAGAAUUAUACCUCGAAGGGCCCAUGGUUGGCCAAGGGUACCUGUCCAACUCCGAAAAGACCAAUGAAGCUUUUAUCAGUGAUCCACCAUGGCUUUUGUCUGGCAGCGCUCAUGUCCCUGGACGGCGUGGCUCUUUAUAUAGGACCGGAGACCUUGUGAGGACACGUCCUGACGGAAGUCUGCUCUUCCUAGGGCGAAAGGAUGACUCGCAAUUGAAAGUCAGAGGCCAGCGGAUUGAAAUUGGCGACGUGGAGUAUCAUGCUCGCGCAUGUCUUAAUGAUGCUCUGACGAUAGUUGCUGAUAUUUUGGUUCCCGCGGGAAGUGAGACCGGGUUGCUCGCACUAUUUGUACAAAUCAAAGAUCAGGACACUGAAAAAGUUGUGGUUACUAUGAGAAAUCUGGUUCGCGAUUUACCUACCGUCUUGCCGGCGUUCAUGCUUCCCAGUAUCUACCUCCCGGUUGACCAGAUACCCGUGGCUGCCACGGGCAAGGUAGAUCGGCGAAUAUUACGAGAAUUGGGAGGCAGACUAUGUUGGGAACAGCUUCUUCGAUCGCAACUGACUAUCCUGCCAGUCCAAGAAUACCGUGAGCCACAUACUGGCAUAGAAAAGCAACUUUGCGAGCUUUGGGCUCAGGUAUUGAAUGUACCAUCAGCUCAAAUCAGCGCCACAGACAGUUUCAUUCGCCUAGGAGGAGACUCAAUCUCAGCAAUGUUCUUAGUGGCAGCGGCGCGGCAAGUUUGCCUGUUAAUCACAGUGGCAGACGUGCUAAAAACUCCGGUAUUGAGUGAUCUUGCCUUAAUAAUCAGAAGGGAAGAUGUCUUUCCUGAAACAGAAACAAUCGCCCCAUUUUCCCUUCUUGCCGGAUCUCCUAACACUGAGAAAGUGCGCCAGGAAGCUGCUAGGGCUUGUGGAGUUGAUAUGACGGAUGUUCGGGAUGUCUAUCCCUGUACGGCUCUUCAGCAGGGGAUGUUAUCCAUCACAGCCCGAAGCUAUGCUCAUCCAAACCAAUCGUCUGUUCCUAACGUUGCCCGAAACCUUUUCCAGCUUCCUAAACACGCAGACAUUUCUAUGAUUGAAAAUGCAUGGAGAAUAGUUGUCCACAAAGCAGAUAUUCUGCGAACACGAAUUGUCGACUUGGCAGAGCAUGGACUUGUUCAAGUUGUAGUUCAGUGUCCAGUCACAUUGAAUCGGUUUGAACAUAUCACCAACUUCGUUCAUGACUACAUCCCGAUGGGCAUGGGAAAACCUUUGUGUCGUGCUGGUAUUAUCCUGGGUGUGUCGCCUUGUCUGAUCAUAGAAAUACAUCAUUCGAUAUUUGAUGGUUGGUCAACAAAACUGAUACUAGAUGCUGUGGAGGCCGAAUAUCGCCAAGAAAUGGCAUCUUCGCCCCUCUUGCCCUUUCGAAAAUUUGUGAAAUAUGUGACAGGUAUAGAUCAGGCAGCUUCGUCACUCUUUUGGAAGAAACUCCUAGCCAAUGGGUCUGAGGCAAAAAGUUUCCCCUCUGCAGGAUAUCAGCCGGGAGAAAAGGUUGACCUCAGCCAUGCUGUGCUAGACAUUCCGUGGGUCAAUGCGGGUGCAACACCAUCAUCAAUUGUUCAAGCUGCGUUGGCCUUGCUACUGGCUUCAUACACCAAUAGCAAUGAGAUCAGAUAUGGGACAACCAUCAGCGGACGCCAGGCCACUGUUGCCGGAAUCGAAAGAAUUGCGGGGCCUACAAUCGCGACUAUCCCUAUCCGGGCCAAAUUUGAUUGGAAUCAAACUGCUGCGAGCUGGCUGGAACAAGUUCAAAGAGAGACAGUAGAUUAUACUGAACAUGCGCAGCUUGGACUACAGCAUAUUUCUAGAUUGGUUGAAGAAUCAAAUCUCUUUCAGCUUCUGCUAGUAGUGCAGCCGCUACGGCAGAGACAAAACAGUGAAGAGACCGACCGUCUUUUUAGUCGUGCGAGCAGCUUGGUUGAAAGCUCCGAUCAGCCUGGCACAUUUGAAAUUGUCUGUAAGGAGGAAAAUGCUGAUAGUGCGGGCAUUUACAACCCAUACCCGAUGAUGAUUAUAUGUCAAUUGCAGGAGUCCGGACUAGAAUUGAGAAUCAACUUCGAUUCUGGCGCUGUUGCAGUUGACCAGGUCCAGCGAAUGUCAAUACAAUUAGAAAAUUUGUUGCGACAAUUAUGCUCUGAGGAUUGCGCUCGGAAGAAACUGUGUGAUAUCACUGCUGUCACUAAAGAAGACCUGGCUGACAUCUGGACGUGGAACAAAGCCCGACCAAUCACAGAAUUUGAAGCUGUCACUGACAUUAUUCAACGGCGGAAUGCUUUGAAACCAGAGCGAAUCCUGAUAUCUGCAUGGGACCGUCGUUUAACGGCUCACCAAGUGGAAUCAUGGUCAACAUCCCUGGCUGCUCGGCUACGCCAUGAGGGAGUAGCCGCAGGUUCGAUUAUCAUUUUGGCCUCCGAGAAGUGCUCCUGGCAGGUCGUUUUGAUGCUUGCAGCUCUUCAGAUCGGUGCGGUUGUUUUGCCCAUGUCUGUUCCUGUUUCUAAAAGCCGCGCUUUGCAAGUUGUUGAGAACUUGAAGCCCCAGAUUGCUGUUACAUCGACAUUGCUCGGUCCAUCUUCUUUUCACAGAUUAAUCCCCGUCGUCAGUAUUGAUGAAAUGACCACGAUGAGCAAUGCUGGCCACGGAGCUGUCAAAUACUCGCCUCGCCGCCAUCUGCCCAGCGACCCUGCUCUUCUCCUAUUUACUUCAGGGUCUACAGGAACACCAAAAGCUAUUCAGUGGAGUCAUAGGGUUCUUGCUACCAAUGUUCAAGCCGCCGCUAAAGCCUUUGGGCUCACAGAGAACAGCCGAGUAUUCCAAUUUGCUGGUUACGAUUUCGAUGUGAGCACUGUGGAGCUUUUGGCAAGUUUGUUUGUUGGAGCUUGCCUUUGCAUUCCAUCCGAGGCAGAUAGGACGAACGCACUGGUGGAUGCAAUCAAUGAAUACGAUGCUAAUUGGAUGUGUCUAACGCCAACGGUGUCAGAAACCUUGAUUCCAACUCAUUUGCCAUCUCUGAAAACGAUAGUAUUUGCAGGCGAGAAACUCGAGCGUAAGACUGCCUUUCGCUGGAUUCGCGCACAGAAAGCCGUGUACAACUGGUAUGGACCAGCAGAAGCCUCGUUGGCUACUUCGUGCCAUGUGGAGCACCAUAAUUGGUACCCGGGUAUGAUUGGCAAAGGUAAUGCUGGCCUGACAUGGCUCGUUGAUCCAAAAAACCCCAACCUGUUAGCCCCAGUGGGCGCAGUGGCCGAACUGUGCAUAGAGGGCCCAAUCCUCGCUCAGUAUGCUGGAGUCAAUGAGGCAGCAUUGAACAAAGAUAAUUUUAUCUCGCCGUCGUGGCUCGAGAAUGGACAUUGCAAGGCUCCUGGUCGAUCAGGCCCCGUCUAUCGUACUGGUGAUUUGGUUGUCUAUAACCCGCAAGGCUCUAUCGCGUAUCUAGGGCGCCGCAAUGAUUCACAGCGAAAGAUCCGUGGUCAGAGAAUCGACCUGAGUGAGAUAGAGCGUUGCAUACAAGAAUUUCUAACAGGCCAAAUAGCAACGCUUGUGGCAGAGAUCAUUUCGUUUUCAAGGGGUAAUGAGAGCUUGGCUCUCUUUGUUAUUCCUACUGACGACACCUACCGCAAAGAUCCUCAAGCAUAUAUUCGACAUGUAUGGCCAGUCGAUGCCCUGGAGAAUCACCUAACCGGCAUUCUCCCAUCUUACAUGAUUCCAAGGAUUUAUAUCCCCCUCAGCGAGCUUCCCAUUGGGCCAACGGGGAAAACAAAUAGACGACGAUUACAAGAGAUCGGAGCUUCCUUCACAUCCGCGCAGCUGGCAGAUAUGCAGCCCACUCGAAAGCAAACCCGAAAAACGACCACAGACAACGAAAAGAUGUUACAAAUAAUAUGGGCUAAUGUUCUCGGUGUUGAGAUGGACAUCAUUAAAGCGACCGACCACUUUCUACGCUUGGGAGGGGACUCCAUCAGCGCGAUGCGUCUCGUGGGGAUGGUCCGUGAUCGUGGCCUCUCUCUCACUGUUGCAGAUGUUUUCAAUACUCCCGAGUUGGAGAAUAUGGCCGAGAAUAUUGGAAGGAUUGAGGGGAAUGUGGGCUUGAAAGCCAUUCCAGCAUUCUCGCUUUUACCCGAGGGGAUCGACAAGGGGUACUGUCGAUCGUAUGUCGCUCGAGCCUGUUCAGUAGCGGAAAGUCAAGUCCUUGAUAUCUAUCCGUGUACAGCGCUUCAGGAGGGAUUGCUUGCCUUGGGAGUAAAAAGGCAAGGGAGAUAUGUAUCUCGCAGUGUUCUGCCACUGCAAAGAGACAUCGACCCCGACCAACUCAAAUCCGCCUGGGCAAAGACAGUCACCAAAUUGGCUAUCAUGCGAACCCGAAUUGUGGACCUCCUUGGAAAGUCACUCUUACAGGUCGUCCUUGAGGACACUCCAUGGAGAUCCGGCGAAGAGCUCCAACAGUACCUAGAGAAUGAUGAGAUGGAGAUCAUGGGUCUGGGGACUCAGCUCUGCCAUGCAGCCAUCAUCGACCACAAUUUCAUUUUCACAAUUCAUCACUGCCUGUAUGAUGGAAACUCACUGCCAAUGAUUCUUGAAGAACUACAGGCGCAGUAUUAUAAUCAAUCCGGAAGGACAGUCACUGGAGUUGAGCAUUUCAUUGAUCAUUUGAGCCAGAUAGAUCGACAAGACGCAGAUAAUUUCUGGAAGGCCCAGCUUUCUCGGGCUUAUUUCCGUUCAUUCCCUACUCUGCCCUAUACUUUGUAUGAGCCACAAGCUAGUGAAGUACUCGAGCAUUCCAUCGCCCUGGACUGGCCUGCAAAAGGUGCCACACCAUCAACCAUCUUCCGCGCAGCAUGGGCAAUUCUGCAAUCACAAUAUAUUGCUUGUGAGGAUAUCAUUUUUGGAGUUACUGUUAGUGGGCGACAAGCAAAUAUGACAGGUAUUGAAAACUGUGUUGUGCCAACCAUCGCGACGGUUCCAAUUGCUAUGUCAAUCGACUGGAAGAGUAAUGUCGAAGCAUUCCUUCAAAAUGUUCAGAACCAUGGACUUGAUAUUAUGCCAUAUGAGCAAUACGGUUUGCCGAGAAUUUACAAGGCCAAUGGAAACGAAAGUUCUGGGUUAUUCCAGACUUUGUUGGUGGUUCAACCAAUCCCUACGGAAAUACCUACUGGCACUCAUGCAGGAACUAGUCUUCAUGAAGAUAGCCCACUGUUCAAAGCCCGCAGCCUAUCUUCCAAUUUAGACACUCUGGGUGUUGAUCCUUUCAAUGUAUAUGCCCUCAUGGUGAUUUGCCAGCUUACUCGCUCGGGGCUCGCCGUGCAGAUGAGCUUUGAUCCUAACGUUGUCGAAAAGACGCAGAUAAGGAACAUGACUUAUCAGCUAGAGACUAUCAUUCGGCAGUUGUGUACGGAUUCUCCUGGCACUGUGUCUUUGAACACUAUCCAAACAGCAAGUGACCUCGAUAUAGAGCGCUUUUGGGUUCAAAAUGGGCAGUUGCCUCCAGAGCCAUCCAUCUUUGUACACGACAUGACUGCAUUUUGUGCAACGAAUGAACCCGAUGCAAUCGCCGUCAACGCAUGGGAUGGUCGGUUCACAUACGCCGAGCUGGACCAAAUAUCUACCUUGAUCGCGCACAAUUUGAUGUUUCAUGGUAUAACAAAGGGUUCCAUAGUACCUCUAUGCCUUGCCAAAUCACGAUUCAUGCCACUGGCUCAAAUUGCCGUGUGGAAAGCUGGUGCAGUUACCUUACUGCAGUCAGCCGACAUACCUGAGCAGAGAAUGAGUCGUGCUUUUCAACAUCUUGGAGUGCAGCUUGCCCUUGCCUCUCCUGAACGUGUGGGGACGGUAUCGAAGUAUGCUAAAUGCAUUACCGUGGAACAAAUUUUGGAGCUGAAAGGAGCGACGAACUCGUUACCAGCACUUGAAAUGGAAAGUCCAGCUACGAUAUUAAUUUCGUCUGGUAGUACAGGCGAGCCAAAACAUAUUCUCUGGAGCCACCGAGCCCUGGCCGCAAAUACAGAACAGCUUGCAUUGAAGCUAUCCGUGAACGCGUCGUCUCGCGUGUUUCAAUUCUCAUCCUACGAUUUUGAUGUUGCUACCUUGGAGACCCUGAUGUGUCUUACGCACGGGGCUACGCUUUGCAUCCCAUCGGAAGCUCAGCGCCUCGACGGCAUAUCAGCUGCGAUCAAUCAGUUCGGAGCCAACUGGGUCUUCCUUACUCCAUCUACAGCUCGUUUGAUAAGCCCACAGGAUAUACCUAGUAUUUCCACAAUCGUUAUGGGUGGUGAAAAUGUGGUUGAAUCCGAUGUUGAAAAAUGGAAAGGGUAUUGCGCUGUCCGUAAUUGGUACGGCCCAGCUGAGUUUCCUGCAGUCACCGUCUGUGCAUCAGAUAGGGACUCCUGGUCUAGCAGUGUCCUAUCUCAUAUAAACGACUGCUGCUGCUGGCUCGUAGACCCUCAAAACUACCACAGACUCGUCCCAUAUGGAGCUAUUGGUGAGAUUCUGGUACAGGGGCCUGCUUGCGCCAGUGGCUAUGUAGGAAAUUCCCUUCUCACGGAAAGUAAUUUCUGCCACUCUCCAGCAUUUCUCUCUGCGCAUGCAGAAAUACAGGGCUCUGUAUAUCGAACCGGUGAUUUGGCUCGAUUUGAUUCCGACGGCCACUUGAUUUUUCUGGAGCGAAAGGAUUCACAGGUGAAAGUCCUUGGUCAACUAGUGGUCCCCAAGGAGGUCGAAAUUCAGAUUCAACGAUAUAUCAAUAGCCCAGCGGAUGUUGUUGAAGUUAUUGUCGAUAUCAUUACACCAUCAGGUGGAAGUGGAGUAAUGCUCGUAGCAUUCGUCAUUACUUUCGAGGAUAUAGAGCGACUGACAACCGGACUCAAUCAAAAAUUACUAGCCGUUUUACCUCGCUAUGCAGUACCUUCGUGGUAUAUCGCUAUUCCGAGUGUUCCUUUGACUACCAAUGGCAAACGCGAUCGAAAACGACUACUUGAGAUUGCCGCCUCUUCUAGCCCAUCAAAUCAGGAGUCUACGGGACGAGCACCAGUGACCACUGCAGAAAUUACCCUAGCGAAGCUGUGGUCAUUAACUCUAGGAAUAGACGUGGAGGUUAUCUCAACCACCGUCAGCUUCCUGCAGAUUGGCAAUUCUAUUGAUGCCAUGCGCUUAGUAGGCACAGCUCGUCAACAUGGUCUGGUACUCACUGUUGCCGGCGUGAUGCAACAUCCCAUUUUUGAGGAGAUGGCAAGCCUUUUGGAAAGACUUGAGGAUGUGCCAGAUGAUAUUAUUGAGCCUUUCACACUCUUGGAUCAGAGUCUAGACCAAAAGCUCAUUCUUUGCCAGGUUGCAUCAGCCUGCGACGUCAAAGAAGGCGAUGUUGAAGAUAUAUUCCCUUGCACCGCCCUCCAAACCGGUCUAUUGGCGCUAACGGUCAAGUCCGGUGGGGAUUACACCAGCCAAAAUGUACAGGAGCUCGGCCCUUCAGUAGAUGUCGACCGCUUCAAGCAUGCAUGGGAAGAGCUAAUUCGUCUUGUCCCUAUCCUACGCACGCGGAUCGUCGAUCUUUCUAGACAAGGAUUCGUUCAAGUCGUGAUCAGAGAGCAAUUGAGCUGGAGUAAGGCCGAUGGCGUGCAAGGUUACUUGAGCUGGGAUCGGCAGUUCCCAAUGGGCUUGGGAUCCCCUCUCAUGCGUUGUGGGCUGUUUGCGACCAACAAUGGAACAGGCAAUUUUUCCGGCUCAGAUCGCUGGUACUUUGCAUUGACGAUGCAUCAUUCUAUCUACGACGGACCAACUUCAGCCAUGAUCAUGGGCACACUGAAAAGUUUGUAUUAUGGGGAAACACUUCUUCGGUUGUGCCCGUUCCAAAACUUUGUGAAAUAUAUUAGCAACCAGAGUGAAAAAGCCGGGACCCAUUAUUGGAAGACACAAUUUAAGGAAUGUGAAGCAUUGCAAUUUCCUUUGCUUCCAUCCUCUAGUUACCAACCAUGCACAGAUUCUACUCGAACUAUGACGAUUAAGGAUAUCAAAUGGCGCAAAGAUGGGCUCACUUCAUCCACCAUCAUCCGUUCAGCAACGGCCCUACUUUGUGCUCAGCACUCGAUGUCUUCUGACGUGGUAUUUGGAACUGUCGUUAUGGGCCGUAAAGCCCCUAUCCAGGGCACAGAAAGGAUUGCUGGUCCUACCAUUGCCACGGUCCCCAUCCGAGUGCGGAUUCCUACCGACGCAACUAUUUCACAGUUCCUCCAAUCUGUCCAAGAUCAAGAGCGAGACAUGAUUCCCCAUGAGCAGAUGGGUUUGUCAAAUAUUAGAAAAGUCAGCACUCUUGCAGAGACUGCGUGCCGCUUCCAGACUUUGCUGGUGAUUCAACCACCCGAACAUACUAUGGACAAUACUGGCCUAUUUGUCUCUCAGGGCGACACACAUGACGCGACCCGAUACCACAGCUUCAGUUCGUAUGCCUUAUUGGUAGUCUGCAAUCUGGACUUUGAUCGGCUGAAGGUUGAGUUCUGUUAUGAUUCACUCGUCGUUUCUUCAGAUACCAUUCAAGUCAUGUCAGCACACCUAGAGGACACUUUACGAAGCUUGUGCGCACAGACACUGCCGCAUACUAGGCUGAACACUGUCAAAAUGAUGCCAACUUCUCACCUUAAUUGUAUCUGGGCCUGGAAUGCAACGGCGCCAAACGUUGUAGAUCGAUGCAUGCAUGACAUGAUCACAGAAGUCGCGCAAAGCCAGCCAGAUGCGAUCGCUAUCUCUGCGUGGGAUGGUAAUAUGACAUAUGGUGAUUUAGACCUGCUAUCUACCAGAAUUGCAGUUCGUUUGGUGCUGAUGGGGGUCAAGAGAAACAUGAUUGUACCACUAUGCUUUGAAAAAAGUUUGUAUGUCAUGGUGGCCCUCCUAGGUGUGAUCAAGGCUGGAGGAGCUACUCUUCUCUUGGACCCUUCAUUACCAGAUUCUCGCCUCGACCUUAUAUUGCAACAAUUGCAGCCUACUCUCCUAAUUUCUUCUACCUCACAGAAACAGCGCUGUACUCGAUGGGUGGCCUGUCCAGUGGUCUUAGGGAAAGGAUCAUCCUUCAUCGAGUCAGAUGGAUUGAAUGAAAAGGUUGAGAGCCAAACCUUACCGUCUGUCUCUUCCAGAGACCUUCUGUAUAUUGUCUUUACAAGUGGUAGCACCGGGACUCCAAAGGGAUGUCUGAUCCAGCAUCAACAGUUCAGCAGUGCCGUUGUGUAUCAGAGAGCCGCACUUGAAAUGAAUCAAGCAACACGCCUGUACGACUUUUCUUCUCAUUCAUUUGAUGCAGUCUAUUGGUGUGUUUUUCACGUAUGGAAUGCCGGUGGUACAUUGUGUAUUCCCAGCGAGGAAGAACGAAAAAGUGACCUGACCGAGAGCGUCCGGCGGUUCGACACUUCCCACAUAUUUUUAACUCCAUCUACCGCACGGCUGAUAGACCCAGAUCGCAUUCCUACUCUGCGCUAUCUCUUUCUUGGAGGCGAGGCAGUGCUGCCAGAAGAUUUCGCUCGAUGGCCAGCAAAUGUCAACACAGUUGAAGUAUACGGGCCUUCAGAAUGCUCAGUCAUGACUUCCUGUUAUAGGAUACCCCUGAAGGAGGCCGUUGCCGCUUCCUCCAUUGGAAAAGGCAUAGGAACGGUUAUGUGGGUGGUCGAUCCGGGAAAUCAAGACUGCCUAGCUCCUCUUGGGACUGUGGGUGAGCUUUUCAUUGAGGGGCCUCUAGUCGGCCAGGGAUAUUAUCAAGAUCAAAAGAAGACAACAGCGGCAUUCAUCGAGGAGAUCGAAAGUCCUUCUUGGCUGGUCAAUGGCUCUCCCGAUGGCACAGUGCCGGGGCGACGUGGUCGGAUGUACAAGACUGGCGACCUUGUUAAAUACCAUCCGAUCACCGGAAACCUCGUAUUUGUGGGUCGUAAGGACACCCAAGUCAAGUUACGCGGGCAACGCAUCGAGCUUGCAGACGUUGAGCACCACAUAAUGCAGUGUUUGAUGAAUCACUUCUUUCCAGAGGCUCCUCCAACUGUAGUAGCAGAGGUUAUAACGCCCACAGCUAUUGGGCGGCCGAUGCUCGCGGCCUAUAUCAGCUGUGAGGAAGCACAGCUGGCUGCUUUGAUUCCUUAUCUCGAAGCAGAGUUACCUAUCCGGAUACCUAUCCAUAUGGUGCCUGCAGCUUUUAUCGCAAUGGCAUCUAUGCCUAUGGCCCCGAGUGGUAAACUAGACCGGCGAUGUUUGCGUGAUAUCGGAUCCGGCUUGACUUUGGAGGCAUUCUCACGCAAUGAUGGUUCUUCUGGCUCCACGUCUCUGAGCUCACCCUCUGAGAUAAAACUGCAAGGUUUGUGGGUAGAGGUCCUUGGUGUAUCUGCCGAAAAUAUUGGUUCUCAAAGCAGUUUUAUCCGCCUAGGUGGUGACUCUAUUUCGGCUAUGCGACUUGCUUCUUUGGCUCGUGCGCAAGGUCUAGUGUUAUCAGUUUAUGACAUUCUUACAACGCCUCUAUUUUCAGAGAUGAUACGGGCAGUGAGUGAUAUGCCCUUCACAGGUACUCAAGAGGUGGAUCCGGUCAUGGCAUUUUCUCUCUUGAAGCAACCCUCACAGAAAAACGUGAUUCUGGCCGAUUUUGCUAGUCAGUGCCAAGUUCAUGAGAGCCAAAUUCAAGACAUCUUCCCAUGUACUGGCGUUCAGAAGUCUCUUCUCUCCAUGACUGCAAAGCAGGCCAAUUCAUAUGUCGCCCGGGUCUUAGUCAGGCUGAGGAAGAAUGUCGACGAGUCACGUCUCAUGGAUGCCUGGGAAAAUGUGAGCAGAGCCUCCGCACCUAUUCUCCGCUCUAGAAUCGUUGAUAGCCCAAUAGAGGGGCUAGUUCAGGGUGUGGUAGAUGAAACGCUUCAUUGGGACACCACCCAACCACUCCAGCAAUAUCUUCGGAAACAUCAAACUAGGCCGAUAGGUCUGGGCACUCCAUUGACUAGGCUUGCAAUUAUCGAACAUGAAAGUGAUCAUGAGCGGUAUUGCCUGCUUACCCAGCAUCACGCGAUGUAUGAUGGCUAUUCCCUAGAUCUUCUAAUGAACGAGGUUUCCAAAGCGUACAGUGGAUUCAUCGAUGUGAAUACUUCGUCAGUACAGUUCCAGGCUUUCAUUAAGUAUGUAAUGGGUGUUGAUGUGGAAGAGGCGAAAUCAUUUUGGAGUCAUCAGUUCGCAGACUUCGAGGCCAUUUCAUUUCCAGCUUUGCCUCAUGCAGAUUAUCGACCUAAGGCAGAUAGUACAGUGCACCGCAAACUCGAGACCUUUCACUGGUCGCAGUGCGACUUCACUCCAUCUACUAUCAUUCGUGCAUCCUGGGCCAUUCUUACUGCUCGUUACAUAGACUCUGAUGACAUUGUCUUCGGCGCAAUGGUUACUGGUCGACAAACCUUUCUUCCGGGCCUGGAUCGCAUGUUAGCGCCUCUCAUAAACGCGGUGCCUGUCCGAGUGAAACUUGAUUUUGAAGAAUCCGUCGAUGAUCUUCUCGCCAGGGUCCAAAAGCAGUCAAUUGACAUGAUUCCCUAUGAGCAGACUGAGCUCCUCUCAAUCCGUCAGAUUGAUGCUAAUACUAAUCGUGGGACCCAAUUCAAUACUCUUCUAGUUAUUCAGCCUCCAAGUCAAAGCCGGUUUGUUGAAUAUCCUGAUGGACCCUUCGAAUAUCCAAGAGAACUAGUCUCUGUCACUCAAGAUCUGGAUAACUCCAAUCCAAAUGCUAUUAUGAUCAUGUGCCAGCUCACGGAGGAGAAUGGACUACAACUUGAAUUCAGCUUUGACUCUAAGGUGAUUGACGCGAUACAAAUGGCACGAGUUGCCUCACAGUUUGAACACAUAUUGCGUCAAGUAUGUGUAGCCACAACACAGACUGUUGGUUCAAUUCAAACUCUCAGUGGCCCUGAUCUCGCAGAACUAUGGAAUUGGAAUGCCGUUGUUCCGCAAGCCAUCCCGAAAUGCGUUCAUACCCUGAUUGCCACUACUGCUCGAAGUCAUGGAGAGAAGCCGGCUAUCUGCGCCUGGGACGGCAAUUUGUCGUAUAAUGAGCUAGAUCGACUUUCCACUCGCCUAGCCUCGGUCUUGAUUGCCCGUGGCCUUGGUAUCGGGAGCGUGGUUCCACUUUGCUUUGAUAAGUCAAUGUGGCAUCCUGUCGCCGUCCUGGGUGUGAUGAAGUCCGGAGCCAUUUGCCUCUCGAUGGAUUCUACUCAACCAAAAGCACGACUACAUUCCAUCGUCCAGCAAGUCAAACCUCGGUUUAUUCUGGCGUCCUCUACAAAAUCCAUAUUGGCGAGUCAUUUGUCCGAUGCUCGAGUCAUUGUGAUUGAUCAGGAUUACCUCGACUUGUGCAUUGCUAUACGAUCAUUGCCAACUGUCAAACCAUCCGAUGUGUUGUAUGUGGUAUUCACUAGUGGGUCGACAGGAACACCGAAGGGCGUCGUGACUACACAUCAAAAUUUCGCAUCUGCUGCAAUCCAUCAGGCAAAUAUGCUGCGUAUUAAGCCAGGAACACGAGUUUUUGACUUUGUUUCGUAUAGCUUCGACGUCUCUUGGUCAAACACCCUCCAAACCCUGAUUUGCGGAGGCUGCCUUUGCAUUCCUGCAGAAUCCGAACGUCGAAAUGACAUUGCAGGUGCUUUCAAUCGCAUGAGAUGCAAUUAUUCUUACUUUACGCCCUCGGUAGUACGAUCUUUGGAGCCUUUGAGCUUUCCUGGGCUCCGGACUUUAGCCAUGGGGGGUGAGCCUAUUCCCACUACCGAAGUUGCUCGCUGGAGGCAGACUGAAGCUGUUAUUGGGAUCUACGGUCCAGCGGAGUGUGCACAGGCUCUCACAUUCACGAUCCUUCAGCCAGGUGGGCUCAAUAAUCAGGUGGGACAUUCUUAUGGUGCCCGAACAUGGUUAGUGCAGCCAGAUCAUCCUGAUCGCCUGGCAUCUAUUGGCGCCGUUGGGGAGCUCCUGAUAGAGGGCCCUACUGUUAGUCAAGGCUAUUUUAACGACUCUUCCAAGACUGCGGCAGUCUAUAUCCACAAUCCAUCCUGGUUGUUGAAGGGAGCACCCGGUCGUCCGGGCCGUCAAGCCAUUCUCUACAAAACCGGAGAUCUGCUUCGAUACAACUCAGAUGGAUCUUUGCAGUUCUUAGGUCGUAAAGAUGGCAUGGUUAAGCUUCGAGGCCAACGAAUUGAGCUGACCGAGGUCGAGUACCAUAUUCGAGCUAAUCUAUGUCACCCUGGUCUAUGUAGUGGUCUUGCAGCAGAGAUCAUUACUCCUCGCAACGGCAGUCCUCUUCUGGUUGUCUUUAUAGCCUUGGCCUCUGGUGGAGCAGCAAAUUCAGAGGAUACACUAUCAAAAAUGGCGCGUCUGAUCGAUGGUCUGGAGGAUAGACUUUUCAAUUGCCUGCCACAGUACAUGGUUCCGGGUGCCUACAUUCCUGUAGAAAAGAUUCCAAUGACAACCACGGAUAAGACGGACAGGCGAGCUCUGCGGCAACUGGGGGCUACGCAGACAUUGGAGAAUCUCGCAAAACUACAGUCUUUUGGAAAGGAACAUCGACCUCCCACUAACCCCGUUGAACGGAAAUUACAGGUGCUUUGGUCAGCAGUACUGGGGGUAGACAUGAACAGCAUCAACGCCAAUAGCAAUUUCCUUAAAAUUGGUGGAGAGUCUAUUGCAGCCAUGCGACUGGUAUCAGCAGCAAGAAAGGAAAAGCUCUUCCUGACAGUGGCGGACAUUUUCAGUGCACCACAGCUUUCACAACUCGCCCUCCUGGUGCAGGAAACUGCGAUGGAAGAAGCUUUACCGCUUUGCCAACCAUUCGCAUUCCUUGGACCGCAUGAUCUUCAGGCCUUUUUCGCCAGCUUUGUUGACCCUGUACUCGAACCAGGGGCAGGAAAUAUCCACGACGUGCUUCCUUGUACCGACUUCCAGAGGACUGCAGUCAUGGAUGCUUUGCAAGACCCUCCCAGUCGAUUGCCACAUUGGAUUUUCGAUCUUCCAAUUGAUGUUGACUUCGCACACUUGGAGCAGUCUUGCCGCAAGCUCGUUGACAAUUACGAUAUUCUUCGUACGGUUUUCAUCCAAGCGCAUGGCCAACUCUGGCAAGUCUUGCUCGAGCACUUCAGUCCCCCCUAUGACACUUUCCAAGCGAGUGAAAAGGAUGACAUGGUUGCCUUCGUAAAUUCUAUUUGCGAAAUGGAUCGGAAAAGAAUCCGAACGCUUGGUUCUUCAUUCAUUCGCUUCAUGGCAAUAAGGAGUCCUCUAGGUCAUCACCGACUCAUCUUUCGUAUCUCGCACGCUCAAUUCGAUGGUUUUAGUUGGGAUAUGGUACUUCGCACCCUCUCUUCAAUUUAUUGUGGCGACACUCUGGUGACCCUGCCCACAUUUUCUCAGUAUAUCACAUACAUGAGUGACAAGAAGGCAGACGCUUUGGCCUACUGGACGUCACGACUUGAGCAUGCUCCCACUCCCAGCUGGCGUCGGGUGAAUUCUUCCAGUUAUAUUUUUUCUCCCAAUGACCGAAUGACGAUCAAAAGGACAAUUGCCUUACCCUCAGGUGAGCUAAUCGAAGGGGUGUCACCGGCAACUUUAUUCCACGCCGCGUGUGCCAUGGUACUAUCCCGCCAGUUUCGCCAGGAUCACGUUGUUUUUGGGCGUCUGAUCACCGGCCGGUCGAUGCUACCAAGCAGUCUACAAAAUGUGGUUGGCCCAACGAUGACUGAAGUUCCUAUCAGUGUUCAGGUCGAUUCCAACGCUACGCUUUCGAGUAUUGCGUUAGAUUUGCAGCGCCAAUUCGUCGAGGAUUCCCGAUACGAAACUGCUGGUAUGGAAGAUAUUAUUCGGAAUUGCACUUACUGGCCCGCCACAGUAAAUGAUUUUGGCUGGCGAACAGCCUUUCAGCAAGAAGAUGAUGUUGAGUUCACUUUCCUUGGGGCAGCGAGUCGGAUCUCGUUCUACGAUGCUGAUGUUUUGCCCCGGAAUCGACCUGAAAUAUAUGCUACUCCUCGAGAUGGGAAACUCGAGCUUGAAUUUGAGGGAAAUCGUCAGCUUAUAAGCGAGGAUGAAAUUCGGCGAUUCAUCCAGGGUCUGGAAACUGUACUGAGCGAUACUUGA